GACGUAUGUUUGAGAACCAAGCAAAUGAGGACAAGUAUGACUACCUGUUUAAAAUCGAACACGAUUUCCACGCUAGUUGUGCUGGUCGGAGAUACGGGAGUUGGAAAAUCCAAUCUACUCACACGAUUCGUAAAGAAUGAAUUCUAUCCCGAUACAGGAAGCACUAUAGGAGUGGAAUUCGCAUCAAAGUGACAUGUCUACGUACAAGACAAGGUGGUCAAGACUCAAGUAUGGGACACCGCUGGCCAGGAAAGAUUUCGCGCAAUCACGUCCGCCCGCCUGUCGAUGGCACAAAAUGCUGGAACAAUCUCAUGUUCGAAAGUGUUAUAUCUGCUGAUUCGUCAGUCCGUAGUAUCUGCUGCUGACCCGCUGCAGUGCCUAAUGCCCGAGAAAAAAGACUCACAGAAGGGAACACAACAGCUAUAUUCCGAACAAGCGAGUGAGAGAGCAAAAGUUCCUCAAGUGGAUGUUGAUAGUGCAUAUAAUUGGUCAUCUUUAACCUGCCCAAAUUUAAAGUUCUCUAGUUAUGUCACCAUAUCACCACCCAGGUAUUAUCGGGGAGCUCUUGGAGCACUAAUAGUCUACGAUAUCACGCAGGCAAUAACUUUUGAAAAUGUGGUCCCGUGGCUAGAGGAGAUACGCCGCUUUGCUGACCGUGACAUAUUGGUAAUGCUUGUGGGGAACAAGUGUGACCUACGCUACCUUCGCUCGGUCGUAACGGAUGACGCGAAGGAGUUUGCCCGAAGGGAGAGUCUAUUCUUUAUGGAAACCUCGGCCCUGGAUGCGACCAAUGUGGAUGAGGCUUUCCGGCAAAUCAUUUCAGAUUACGUGAUGGCAAAUGUAACACCCGUUCAUGUUAAUUGUUCAAUCGACCAAAACAUACUAAAUUAUUGCACUUCUGGUGACCUGGACUCUUUGAAGAGUUACGCACCUAUCCUUGACCAAGUUAUUCACAACAACUUCCCCGGUGGUCAAACUUGCCUGAUUGCUGCAUGUCGGAAUGGUCACCGGGAGGUUGCAGAAUACCUCAUUGAUGUUUGCGGUGCCGAUGUAGAACAGGAAAUCGACGACUAUGUGCCCGAAUUCACGUUAGCCCGGGUUCUCAGUCACUUGAUGAAGAAUGUGGUUUGCUUUUACGAAGAUUGGGCCGCUGAGGAUUGUGACAACCUUAGUGAACGGCGAAGUAUCGCUCGAGGACGUCGGUUUGAAGUGCGCUGGAGCGAUUGGAGCUCUGUGGGCCAAAAUGCAGGCCGUGACGGUCUGUAUACUCUCACUCCCUACCAUUCCGGACAAACUGAGCCAUUGAACGUCGUCUGUGUCGUUGACUUUAAUGCACGACUAAUUUCCUUAUUCUCUUCUCCUCAGUCAACGGAACAUGACUUCUGGACGUUUGAGAGUAUUCAAAAAGCUCUCCAAAAGCUUCCGUACAUAAGCGGUGGCCAUCAGGGAUGCCCAUUUUCUCCAUUCCUUUUUGACUAUGUGAUCGAUGAAAUAAUGAGACGAACGCUGAAAGAUCUCAAAAACUCUAGUGUUCAAAUAGCCUGUGACGAAAACAUUGUCGGUUUGGAAUAUAUAGACGAUAUCACUCUCGUCUUCGGAGAGAAGGCGCACGUGUUUUCGGUUGAAAUGACUAAAGUCAUCCCGUCCUUUGGUAUGCUCUUUCCACCCAUAAAGGUCGGCGUGGUCGAAUUCGAAAGUGAGCAAGUCGAAGGUGUGCCUCCGUUGUGGUGUGCUGCUGCGGCAGGCCAUCUGGCGGUUGUAGAGCUCCUGGUCUCUCGAGGUGCAGACGUCAAUCGCACCACGAUCACCAAUUCAACUGCUUUACGUGCCGCAUGUUUCGACGGGCACGAACAGGUCGUGAGAUUCCUGGUUGACCACGGAGCCAACGUGGAAAUCCCAAAUCGACAUGGCCACACAUGUCUUAUGAUCAGCUGUUACCGUAGACACGACCGUAUUGUCGAGUUCUUGCUCAGUAAAAAGGCUCGUGUGAAUCGUCGAAGUGCAAAAGGUAACACCGCUCUGCACGACUGUGCAGAAAGUGGGAAUUUGAAAGGUCUCCAAUUCCUGCUUGAACACCGGGCAAUCAUGCGCAAAGACGAGUAUGGACAAUCUCCUAUCAUGUCUGGUGCGAACGCUGCAUUCAAGAAGAUUGUUGAUUACCUGUCGGAACUGAGCGAUGCCUCGAGCCCUACGGAUUCGUCUGCUAUAAGUAUUCACGAAAAGAUUGCAGCCUACGAGUUACUUGGGGCUAGCCUUUUCGACCGUCACUCAUUGGUCCAAGAUGCCAUCGCUGCAUGGUUCGAGGCGUUGAAAUUACGUCGGGAGGCUGGCACCUAUCCAAAGAGUUUCAUACCGUUUCAACCGCAGUGUGAAUGCUCGGAUCAGGAGAUACAGCCGGACUCGUCUGGUUGCUCAGACCAUCCACAACAAAACUAUUUAGAUAGCCGUCAACGACUUCAACGCAAAUCGGCAGUCGAUGUUUUCGGUGCCAACUGGUCUCUGGUUAAUCUUGCAGCUCGAGAGGCCAUAGCUGUGAACUACACUUCACAGUGGGAUUCACACGUGUCCGGUGAACCGUACGCUGAUGGGGACAUCCUUUGUUCAUCAUGUCGGUGUUCCGCUCUACUUUCGUCUUCCACCUUAUCUUCAACUAGUGACACUGGACCAAAUACAGAGACCACUGAUCCUGUGUGCAAUUUGUACCGUUUAAAACAGCGUGAGCUUCAGUCACAGUUGUAUGCAGAGUACUUGAGGGAAAUAGGGCGAUCGGUUUCCCCCCAUUGUUCAGACGACUUAGUGGAUGCAUCUGUCGCCCGGCCUGAUGGACUACUGUCAGCCAAAAAAGCGACCUUGUCAUCGCCCGGAACUCAUAUGGUCAUUGGUCUAGUCCACCCGGCCACACCUGCUGAUCCCAUUCGAAAGAUUGAGCCUUCCUGUUGGGAUUGUCCGCGGUUUCGCCACUGGCCUUUGAGUCGUCCUUCCGGACCACAAUGGAGGCACGGAUGGUCGAAUAGUUCGAAACGUGGCGACCAACGACGUAACCCUAUUCGCAAUCGAUGUGAAGUUUGUAAGAUGGAAAUGAUCAAACUGGGCAGCAUCCAGGAAAACGGUUCCUCAUCGAUUUCGAUUUGUACGCCAUGUUCUCUCAGUCCCCAAAAAGUUGCCGGUGGGUCCUCCACGUUUUCUCCACGUACGCGAACGAGCACUUACAAGCCGGAUCACUCUCCUCUGCCUUCCCUCCAGCAUUCCAAAUGGAUUUGUUCAUGUUGCCGCUUGGCCCUCGAGACCCAUCCGAUGAUUGGGCGUUUAAGACAAUGCGGCGAAGAGGCGUUCGGGCAUGUGCGUGAAUUCGUGAACAGCGAGGAGCUGAGCGACUUGAUGCGAAACGCUCAUUCACUUCGAUUACAGCCUCUACUCAUUCGUCUGCGUAUCCUCGGACCGGACCAUCCAGAUACCAUUUAUUUCAUACGCUAUCGCGGUGCAAUCUACGCAGAUGCAGACAACUUCCGUCAAUGUUUAAAUUUGUGGCGUUACGCCCUGGAAUUGCAGCGCAUUUUCCUCGAGCCCCUCUGUCACGUAUCCCAAGCUGCGUUUGUCAGUUUCGCCGAACUUUUCCAGUUCGUCUUGACGAACAAUUAUACCGGUUUGCCGGCUGUCGAUUUGGACCCCGUACUCAUUGUUGACUGUCUGGAAUUGGCUGUGGACAAUAUUGAACGGGGCAUGGACUACUCCUUCUACCGUUGGCACCAGCGGUACCCUUGGUCCUACACAACAGCAGACAAGGAAGCAGUGAAUCUGAUGCGCCACGUUGCAUUGUGCCUACAUUUCAUUGCCAUGAUACUCACGCACUAUCUGCCUGAACCCAGUGCCCUUCCGCUUGUCUCCCCGCUUCGUCGGGCCUCGAAUGGCUGGGAAGAGUUGGUCGGCCCUCCUGCGGUUCCACGUCCUUCAACACCUCCGCCGAGCCGAAUGCGCAUGAGUGACGCACUGUUCGAUGCCGUCGUGGACUCCAGCAGUAGUCCCGAGACUUCACCUUCUCGAGAUGCGAUUGCCCGGCGGAUGCAAAGUGCAGUUGGGGAUGAAUUGAAGAGUCGCUUUUUGUAUCAGGUUUACCGGCUCGUUCGCUUAGAUCCGCGCGUUCACCAUGGCCAUAGCCUGCUCCACCUCGCUUCCUCCCCUGAGACCUCAACUGUCGGUCGCUUCAUCAUCUGUCAUUUCCCCAACGUGGCUGUGCUCAACCUACUCUUUCAGCUUGGAGCCGACCCCAAUUGUGUCGAUGUGGACGGUCAGCGUCCACUAAUGUGUGUUUUGUCCCAUCGGCGUCUGCAGACUGAGGAACAAGCCUCUCUUGUUGCUCUUCUUAUCCGCAACGGAGCCCAUUUGGAUGCGACGAACAAAGACGGGGUGUCAGCUCUAGACUCACAAUUCCGCCACGUUCUGGUCAAAUCCGGUCUCUGUAUUCUGGACCACAUAACGCUGGCCUGUCAAGCGGCUCGAGUCGCACGUCGAUCUGGAUUCAAUGCCCGAAACGCCUCCUGCUUCAACUUGCCGGACAAUCUAUGGUCUUUCAUAGAAAUGCACUAGACUGAUGACUUCGUUCGUCAUGCAUCGGUUUUGCGUGCACCAUCUGCUCGUCACAUGGUGCCGACAUCUGCAGGAAUCUCCAACUCAGUCUUCAAGCCUCGAUACCCAGUCUAUCUUGCCGCGUUCAAUGUCCGCACUCUGAAGCAAGCAGGACAACAAGCUGCUCUUGCACUCACACUGGACUCGCUUGGCAUUGAUGUGUGCUGUGUCUCAGAAACGGGAAUUCAAGAUGCAAGCAUAGUGAUUGAGUUAACCGCCCCGUCAGUCUCCACUCGCUUUCGGCUGCGCACCUCUGAUGAUCCAGAGGCUGCUGCGGUAGGAUAUGCAGGGGUUGGUAUUGUGCUUAGUCACCGGGCGGAAGUAUCCUUACUUGACUGGAUACCUGUUGAUAGUCGCCUCUGUGCGGUUCGUCUGACAACGUCUGUGAGAAGUCUGGUUAUCGUGUCCAUCUACGCCCCAACUGACUGUAACUCCGACGCCGUCAAAGACAGGUUUUAUGACGCCCCGAACGCCCUACUCCGGCGAACUAAAAGCUCAGACGUUGUGGUGGUUGCCGAAGAUAUAAUUGUGCAAGUGAGCAGGCUUAGUACAUCCGAGACUCAAUUGGGAGGUCGAUAUGUACUGGACUCGGUACGUACGGGCAAUGGGGAACGAUUGCUUCAGCUGUGUGCUGAUCUCAGGCUGUUUUUAUGCAGUAAGGCCUCCCGAAAUGACCGAAAUCGCAUGGCCACUUGGUGUCUUUCAACGGCGGGCCGGCCACAAACUCAAAUAUACCACAUUGCCAUUAGUUACUGUUGGAACGGAUCAAUACCUGACUACAGCUCGUUUUGGAACAAAUUUAUGGACUCUGGCCCUGCGCUCGUCCGGGGUUUCCUUCCCCUACGUUUCCCGGGGCCGCGUAAGCUGCGGACGAAUAGCCUGGCAACUGAAAGGCUGGAAGAUCCGGAUGUCAGACGAACUUACUGGAAUCAUUUUCGAGAGUCUCUUCCAAGUGCUCCACCAUCAGAUGUGGACUCAUACUGGGAGGAGAUUGCCAUCUCUUUGCAUAGUGCUGGGAAUUUCGCCUGUGACACGACCCAACCAGGCGCACCUAAAGCACUGGAUAUCAGACGAACGGUGGCACAACUUAAAUCUCGAAGAAAUGUCCCAGCCGGGCCCCAACAUAAGCCGAUGCCAAGAGCUAUCAGACGUCAAGUGAAAGGAUGCCCACUCUCUCCACUCCUUUUUAACUUUGUGAUCGAUGAAAUAAUGAGCCGAACGCUGGAGGGUCUCCAAAAUCCUGGUGUUCAGAUAGCCUGUGCAGAAAACCUUGUCGAUCUGGAAUAUGCAGACGACAUCGUUCUCAUGUUCGAAGAGAGGGAAAAGGCGCAAGCAUUCAUGGAUGAACUGACCAAAGUCAUCCCGUCCUUUGACAGUGCCAAUGGAUCACAUCUGCCAUGUAUCAAUGACCAGUUAGCUCUUUGGGACGUCACUACGCAAGUCUAUCAGGAUCCUCGGGAUGAUGUGGAUGUAGCUACCUGCCUACUUCGUUGCUACGCCCUAUCUUCACGUGUCGUACGCAAUAAAUUUAAGGGGCGAACACACACAACGUCGGAUCGGAAAUCCCUGCUUCCCUACUAUGCGAUCGGCUUGUAUGAGUUCUUAUGCUCGAGUUGGCAGCAUAUUCGUAUCACAUUAGAAGGCUGGGCCUCCCCAUCAUCUACACUCGUAAGCUACGCUCAUUUACGUAAUCGUGGUCCACCUUGGCAUCUGGGUUAUUUGUCGUCUACCGGGUCUCCUUGGCGAGCUCUGUGCCUUGUAACCACCGAAUACGUGGAACUUAUUCAAUUGAUAACGGACACUGAACAUCUCCUCUCAGAUAGCAUCUCACCCUGCUUCAAAGACGAACAGACUCUACUUUCCGAACUGUUGGAUGAAUUCACCGAUAACCAGCCUUCUGAUCUUGAACCCCCAUCUAGAGUUAAUCGAUCACCACUUCGACAGUCCACUCGUUGGAAUCUUAGCUAUACCGAUCCUUGGCCCCGAUGGCGCUGCGUGGCGUUCUCACCGGAGCAGUCAGCACAAGGCUGCUCAUAUCGUCAGGUUGCCGUAGGUUAUUCGUGUGGUUCCAUCGAAGUUAUCGAUUUGUUGGCUCUUUCAAACGAACCAAAUGGCACUCGGCAAACUAGCAUAGUUCUGUCAUCGCCCUGCUCCUCACAAUCUUCGGUUACUGACUUCAAGUCCUGCUUAUUCCCACUAAUUCACAUAGCUUUCGUGGACAGUUGUCACUUGCUUGCUUGUCACUUCAGUGGACAUGUCGAUUUGUGGCACUUGGAUUGGGAAGCAAAACGUUAUCCUGCUCGUCUGAUGGCAAGACUAUGUGUGGAGCAGCUAUGUCCGAACAAACGGACGAAGUUUCCCUUGACCGCUGCCGACUAUGACUCACAGUCGAGCAUUCUCGUUUUGGCUGGCCUCCGUUCGAAUCCUGCGCCUGUUACUCAGCUAAAUCAGUCGUUUGAGUUACAUUCUUUCCACGUAUCACUCUCCCCACCCUAUUUAGCACAUAUACAGAGCUCUGAGUCUGAUUCAUGUUUGCCUGCUACUGGCCUUCUGUCCUACCUACAUCGUGGGAAAACUGCUUUAACUCAGUGGAUAUCGGAAGUGAUCCGUCACGUCCAUCGUCCAUAUCCUUCGGGCACAGACGUGGUGGCAUUCUUGCAGAUGAAUUCAUCCGGACAAACCACUGUCAUUGCAGCACUUCAUUGUUUUGGCACAUGUUCUGUUUGGUCUCUGCCGCGCUUGGAUCCACUAUUCUUAGUUCUUGGUUGCAGCCCUUCGGACGUGUCUCCCUCAUCGAAUGCCUUUGUGGAUCCAUCUCAGCCGUUCCGUUUGACCUGGUGGGCGCUACCUUCUAAGAAAGAAGACUCGGAUGGUCUCACAGGGGCUGUUGAUAACACUGAUGAUUUGGCUCAACUGGUUGUAUUGCGUGAAAGAGGAGAACUAAGCAUUCUGAAAUUCGGUGAUAUGCAAAUCGACAAACUGAUGCUGGAUGAACGACAAGUUCACGAAUUGAAUCUGUCCUGUUAUGCAUCAUUCGCCUACGUCGACCAAGCCAGUUCUGGGAAAAUUAUAUUACUUGAUCAAAAAGCACCAUCGGAUGCAUUAUGGAAGACGGUGAUUUUCGGGGAUAAAACAGAUGCGAACCGACGUGUUUUACGCGCAAUUCGCUUGUCUUCCACCACUCCAUCGGGUCUGUACAAUCAUCUCAUACGGAAGGGCUGCUACCAGGAUGCCAUUCAGUUGGCGUUACGCCAUCAGCAAGAUGUCGAACUGGUCUACCAGCAACAGUGGUUAGAUCUGAGUCGCCAAGUCUCUGAUCUAUGCGGCUUACCUACUAUAAUUGACUCCACCCUUGCCUUGAUACGGCAUCGUCCCAUGUGGGUACUUCGACAGUGUUUGUCUUUUAUCCCAUCAACCCAUGCCAAUGUCUCAGUAUCUGCGGGAGAUUUUUUCGCUUCUAUGCGACACUUAUUAAAACUGGGUUUGGAGCGCGUCUCCGAUCUUUCUACUGAGCACACCGAGCAGAUGCAAGAGGCAGUGCGAACUCAACUACUUCGACGUCUGUUUCAUGUCGAAUGUCUUGCAGACAUACUUUUGGCUGAACAAGCUAACGAGGACGAACCCUUUUUAACGGAUCCAACAGUAAACUAUCAUUAUCCAUUGGAUUGUUUGGUCGAACAUCUUCAUGCCUUUCGCCAACAUGCUCUACUAGAUAUCGCUCGAUUUUACGCAGACUCUGAGCGGUUCUCAGCUGUUUGUGUAAUGAUGAAUAAGUUUCCACUUACUGUGGGCUCUCAUCGCCUAGCUCUCGCUUCCAGUCUGUGUGAGACGAUUCAUCCCGCAUCUUAUGUAACACAUCUGUUGGCGCCUCCCUCAUUUCCUGUCGAGGCAGAGCCUCCCUAUGCCAGUCGAGGGACAGAAUUUGAAAUGACUGCUGUGGAACGUCUGUAUUCUGAACUCACUUUCCCUGCUGCCGAGUUGACGAAGCUAAUUACGUGGUUAAUGAGACGCGCCCGUCAGAUUGAUACUCGUGCAGGAUUAGUAAGUCAUUCCCUUGCGUUGUUGGAGCUGGGUGAAGCGAUCUGCCUACAAUUUGCCUGCGAUGGAUCAAUCGAACCGCAAGACGGAUCGGAACUGCAUGACUGUUUGGUUUCGCUGAGAAGACUGCGUUUCGAAUUUACACAGCUCAGUCAGAUAGUGUACGAAGUAUCGAAAGACACUCGAACGAACCCAACCCGAGCUAGUCUUUCAGUUCAAUCGUCAUCAAAGCAGAUUGCACUGGCUCGCUUUGGUUUUUCUCACUUCUCUAAAUUGAGCAUUGAAGAUCGAAUUGACCUACUGCUACAAAUAAAACGGGCCAAAAUGGUGAUGCAGAAAUCUCACAUUGUCCAUCCAGUUUUACUUAGCUGGGGUCAGCUAAUGGUUUAUAUAAAACAAAUCGGAGACGGAAGACAUAUUCGAAAAUGGACCACCUACAGCCUAGUACGGCUCGCAAGCUACCAUACGUUUGACAUACUUGCUCAGCUUGCCGGAAUGAUUGAAGCUGGAACCCUGCGUCAGUUGUUUCAAGAAAUACUGCCUCCUUUACCGUUCCAACAUUCGGCAAGACGUGUCCUCAAUUACCGCGAUUCUUGUGGUCUGACAGAUAUGGAGCUGCUGACCUGCAUAUUGGAAGCCGUCUCGCAGUACGAACCAGCUGUCACAAUGCAAGUCGAUAAACAACCGGCUGAUACCUUCAAGAUCUACCUGAAGGAUGUGAACCAUUUGAUUAGUCUGUUGUUUCGGUGUUUGGCUAAUUCGGCUAAUUUGCCAGCAGAUAAGAACGAAUCCGCGCAGUUGACGUGCGCACUGCAAAUCUUUGCUAAGUGUGCGUCCGCGCUGACCAGCUUGCUCAGUCUCUCUGCAUCCAUUGAAAAGCAAUUGGGCCACACAGUUCGUCUGGGUGUUACAUCCGUGGGUGAUUUUGCGCGCUGUGCUUACGAUACUUCUCGCUUACAACGUUUCCUUGCCCACUGGAUGUCAACCAUACUUGGUCUGCUACACCCCGAAAACGUGACGAAAGCUCCGGGACCCUGUGAAGAGGCGGAGAAAGAACAGUUAUUGAAGAAAGUGGAGUCUUUUAUCGGGCAACUUCGAGAUCUUCUACACAAAGCAUUGAGUGGUUGUCCUGCGGAACAAUGGAUCCCCACGGGACUGCAGUUUUCACUGCUCACUGCCGGAAAUAUUCAGUUAUUCGAACUUUCUGAGCGUAUGCAGAGUGAAUAUCUCAACGACCAAGUAGAGGGCAAGUCGAGUUUGCAUGUUUGGUCAAUAUGUUUGUUGCACGCGUUGCGCAACUACGUGGACACAUGCGUGCCACGGGCUUCCCUUCAAUCUGGAGUGAGGACGAAAAAACUAGAGUCCCUACCGCCAAAUGAGCGAAUGGCUCGACAUUGUCUCAGCCUUUUCCUCACCCUUGAUUCCCGCGUGCCACUUGAUCGGUCUGUGAAAAAGGCCUUCGAAAUGGAACAAUGUCUUCUGGAUGUUUCGGCCUUCUUGUCAUCGGUGACUGAGCACCUCCCGUCCACACAGCAGUCUCUUCCAACGGCUCCUUUCCACUUGCGUCCCAUGUGGACAACUGAUUCCGAAUCAAUGAAACACCAACGCACCACGCUCUUCUCAAUCGCUCUGCUAGCAAUGCUCAAGAGUCUUCGACGCAGCCACACUAAUCGACGGAAGUUUCUAGAACUGCUUGGAACAGAUGCUCUUUUUCGCAUCGGUAGACUAUUUUUGCUAGAUAUGAUCGCCACAACUGACUGUUUCGUACGGGCAGCUUUUAAAUAUCUGGCCACUACUUUUACGCACGUGCUUCCCAUUGAGGUGACCGAUCACAUUUUGGAAUUGGUCAUUCAAGCCACUAGGAUGUCUCAUCCAUCGGCAUGGUCGAUGUGUGCUCUUUGGGCGAGUCAUUUUAGUGAAAAGAACAAACCGUGUCCACUUGAACCGGUAACUACUUCGACGGGAUGGACUGCACUUCAUGGCUUAUUCCGAAUCGCGCGAACAAAGCCCACAGAAUCAAAAGAUUCUAUACUUCUUGAUGAUAGCACACUCAUCGUGGAGGUGUUCCGCCUAUGGCUUGCACAGUACGCACUGGCGCAUGGACCGACUGACUACCUGGACAAUCUCUAUCGCCUGUUGGCAGUUUGCUGGUACCGUUUGGAGAGUUUGUUGACUGAGAAUGCCGUAGAGGAACAGUUGGGGAUGCUGCCACAGCCACUCCAGUCGUUGUGCCGGGAAUUGCAAACGCGUGUCAGUGAUGUAACACCUCGCCACUACUCGGCCAUGUAUGGGAAGGGCUCAAGUUUGGAAAGUCAUUUGGAAGCGUGCCUUCCUUAUCUGUAUCUUCCUGUCAAUUCGCCUACAAGUGACGUAUUUAUGACUGUAUUAGUCGAUGGACAACGCCUAAAGCAUGGUCCAACAAUUGAUGUACGAGAACGUAGCUGGUGGAGAUUGUUCUUACAUCACUGGCUAUUCACGGACCGUCGCUCCGAUCCCGUACGCUAUCCAUCUCGGAAAACCCCGAGUCUUUCCACGUCAGCUGGUGAUUUUCGUCUGUCUUUGGCCUACGCUGUUGUGGAAGCUACGUUUGUGAAACUUGGAGGAGACCUGGCGGUUCUGGAUGAUAUUCUAUUUCAACUUGCUUCAUCAGUCAGAUUAAUGGAAACGCAAAUCCCCGAGUAUGUAUUUCGACCGGAACCAGUAUCGUUUGCAGACCAGUCACAACUGGUUACUCUUGCUUAUGCUUUUGGUGCCUGGACCCAGCCGGAUGACUCGUACCGUGCCUCAGACUGCUUCAUUUCUGGCGAAAUGGCGUUGGAGAACCUGUCGAAACCCGUUCUUGGUGUUGUACCCAAAGCUUUUCAAUCGGUUGUGAAUUUUUUUGGUUAUAAGGCCGUUGCUCAGCAGUUAUGUGACAGGGUGACUGCGAUUCUUCCUGUUUUCGACAGCAUCCGAUUCAAUGAGGACGAGGUGUACAAACAGCAAACUAUCCAGACUCUGUGUGCGACUCAUUUUUCUGUAGGUGUUCGUCUAUGCUUGUAUUCCAAUAGACCGCUAGUUGAGGCUUGUAAUGCGCGCCUGAUUCACUUGUUUCUGGAACAACCAAGAUGGAAUUUAGAGGUGGAAGAGGAAAUUACCCGCCUCGCAUCUUGUAUGUUGCAGUCCCACGACACUUCAAAAUCGGAUUUGUUACAGUUCUGCGAAGAAACACUGUAUCCGUCGAUCCAAGACCUACCGGCCUUGCGCCUAUUAUUCAGUCUAAUAGCGGCUGCCGACGCCUGUUCGAAUCAGACCUGUCUGCUUGACGAAAUUCCUGUGGACACACAUCAAUCGAUAUUGACUCUGUUUACCUCCUGUCCCAACUGCACUCGUCUUGCGGAGCAAAUUGGAUAUGCGCGUUUUAUCCAGUUAUUAAAAUCACCCUUCUCACAGGAAACGAAUGGUUGGCGACAUCACGAGUUAUCAGUCUAUUUGAUCACAGAACAGAUGGCUGGGACAGUUGCCAAGAUGCUGUCUCUUUUCCCCGCGACCAUUGAAUCUCGACUAUCUCCCGGUGACCUUUAUGCUAUGUACAGUUUGAAUACCCUUCAAAGUGAAUCUUCUUUCCGGCAAUUUCAAGACAAGUCUUCCACGCUUCGUCCUUUGUUGCAGAACAUUUGUCUCCCAAUGGAUGUGGAUUCGUUUGAGCGCUUACGAAAUUGGGUGUAUGAGUUCGUUUUCAACAAAAUGAGUAACCAACUGACAGUUGAACAACGACGUUGGGUUCUGGCGGAAACAGCCGAUUUUUUGAGAAGGUCAAAUUGUGUUGCUAACCACCUAUUGAAUCUGUUUACCAGCGGAACCGAAUUGCCGCCAGAAACCGAGGAACUGCGACAGAAAGUGCUAGAACAAAUCCGAUUGAGUCUCACUCAGUUCGACUCCGUCGUGCGUCAUCUAUCAUUCGUUCCGUUUCCACGCAAAUCUGCUCCUGAAAAGCAAACUGAACCUGAUCGGCCUUCGCCCUCUGGGUUUUACGCUCAAUUUCUCAUCCUCACACCUGGACUGGAGUCACAAGCCAUCGAUCUUUUGGAACAACUAAUUGAGACGGUCUCCUCCUCGGAUCAAUUUGAAACAGACGGGGGGAACAUUGUGAACGACAAGAUGGAGUGGUUCGCCAAUUAUCUCCCCUUGUGCCUCCAUGUCCUACAGCUCUCCUCUUGUACACAACAAAGUCUUCUUGUCAAAGCGGCAUCCUCAAUGGUCAUCCCGUAUAAAUCUUUGUCUGAAUUUAUUCUAACUGAGUCAGGCAUGAUGACAGACGGGGUGGAGACCUAUCGUAUCCAGCGCGAGCAGGGCCCGAAGCGACUGUUCCACUACCUCCACACUUCAGUCAAUCGGAUUACAGAGCUUAACGAUGGAACAAUGGAACCUAAUUCAACUUUUACCAAAUUGCUUGGCGCGUUGAUGUGCAACUGUGCCAUCCGAAGGCUUCAUGGUUCUGCGCUGUGGACACAGAUAUUAUCUGUUCGCUCGGCUUCAUUGUGGGAUAAACCGCCACCCACACCACUGUGUGUAUUUCAAGCAUCUUUAGAGUUUUUAUCUGAACAAUCAACCCUUCCGUGCUCGACGCUUCGAACACUGGUGCAUACAAUCGCUUCCAUUCCAUCCGAUUUGUCGUCUACCACGGCUAGCCUAAACGAGUUCACCGAAAGCUUGCUUUCUGAGGCACUGAGCCUUACCUCAGAGGAUACCGACCGACAGCGGUCAACUCUCCUCCACUUAUCCGAUAAAAUGCAGACAGUGAUCGAGUUGUUCUUACUGUUGAUCGGGGACAGUCUUGAUUCCCCCGUGCCAACGGAACGCGGCAAAAACCGGCAACGUUUGGACUCUCAACUUUGGGCCUGUUGGUUCGAACUUUGUCACCGCAGUGGACUGUUCGCAGAAUCAAAUUUCAACCUAAGUGCCUAUCUUCUUCUACACCAAUGGGUCAAAUAUGGUCUCCCACCUCAUGGUCUUGCCGUCGCAGCUCUCAACGCCAUGAAGCAAAGUCGCAUCCCACCUCAAUCGGAUUCGAUACGGUGGUCUAUGGCACUGGAGUCGAAUAUUUUCAACAUUUGCCUCUGUCAACGAGACCAAGUUCUAGUGUUGGACACACUCCAUACUUUGUGCGCUCAUGCCUCUGUGGCCAAUCUUUUAGAUGUUGAUGUAUGCGUUUGUUUUGUCUGUCUCCACGGUCAACUCUGGCCCGAUCUUGUACGGCGGAUCAAAGACGAACCACACCCUGUGUGUCCUCCACUUUUUCGUCAUAUCUUACGAGCCAUUGAAUUGUACCUAUCCCAACAGAAUUGCAACGACAGCGGUCACAUAUUCACUGCCCAUUGUAUGACCUUACUUCAUCGGGCUGGUUUGUGGAUUGAAGCUGGCCGGCUUGCUCGGAUCCUUCAGGGUAGUUUGGCCGAUCAUACCGCUUUUCAGACCUUAUUCAACUUUGUCCGUCGCGAACUACUUCCGUGAUCCACACUCUUGCUUUCCCUUUUGUGAUAACUUUGGGAAAAACUGUUGCUCUUCCUCCCAUCUCUAGCUGUUUCAAACACGUUCCUGUGAAGAGUGACAGUUUUUCCAGUAAUUUUUGAUCUGUUAUUUUUGUUUUUUAAAUUCUCAGAUCCCUAUCGACCAGUCAAAUAUCACAUUUUGUACCCGUC